AUGUACAUCAAAACAAUCACCAUACAGGGCUUCAAGUCUUAUAGAGACCAGGUCGCUGUUGACCCAUUCUCUCCCGGGCACAAUGUUGUCGUUGGCAGAAACGGUAGUGGAAAAUCCAACUUCUUUUCCGCCAUCCGAUUCGUCCUCUCCGAUCAGUACACCAAGCUCAGCCGAGAGGAGCGUCAGCGGUUGCUACAUGAAGGCACAAGUACGCAGACGACACUAUCCGCCUACGUGGAGGUGGUGUUCGAUAACGAGGAUGGGCGAUUCCCGACAGGUCGUCCUGAGCUGGUUCUGAGGCGAACAAUCGGCUUGAAAAAGGACGAAUACUCUUUGGAUAGGAAGAGUGCGAGCAAGUCGGAGGUCGAUCAGUUGCUUGAGAGCGCUGGGUUCUCAAAGGCCAACCCGUAUUACAUUGUUCCCCAAGGACGAAUCACGCAUCUCACAAAUAUGAACGAUCGCGAACGGCUAAGGCUACUCAAGGAUGUAGCUGGUACAGAGGUAUAUGAGCAGAAGCGAACAGAGUCGACGCGUAUCAUGGAAGAGACAGAGGCCAAGAGAGACAAGAUUGCCGAUCUCUUGUCAUUCAUCGAAGAACGCUUGAAUGAGCUGGAGGAGGAGAAGGAAGAAUUGAAGGAAUACCAAGAAAAGGACAGGGAUAGGCGUUGUCUCGAAUACGCUCUGCAUCAGCGAGAGCUCGAGGAUGUCACCAACGCCCUCGACGAGAUUGAAGCUGAGAGAAGGCAAGAUAUACAUAACAGUAAUGAAAAACAGAAGGAGUUUGACGAGAGAGAGGAUGAUAUCAGACGUUAUGCGGAAUCUCUCACAACUGCCAAACACUCCUUAUCCACCGCUCAACUCUCUUUGCGGCAAUACGAGUCUGAAAAAGCUGAUCUUCUUCGCUCUCAGGAAGAGAUCAGACUCGUGAUUGCAGACUUUGAUUCUGCUGGCGAGGCCGGGGAAGAGAGGAGGCAGGAGCUCGCCGAAGAGCUCAAGGAGCUGGAAGACAAGAUUGAUGAUGCGAACGAGAGGCUGGACGGGCUUGUGGCGGAUGUAGAGGCAAGAGUUGCCGAGGAAAAGGCUGCUAGGGAAACCCUUGAACCCACUCAGUCAAAGCUGUCUGUCCUCUACGCCAAACAGGGGCGUGCCCAGCAAUUCUCCACCCAAGCCGCUCGUGACAAGUACCUCAAGGACGAGAUCAAGUCUCUGAAAGCCCACGAGAAAGACCAGAGCGAAAGAGUCGACACCCUUGGGAAAGAAGUUUUGAACGGCAAGCAGCAUCUCUCGGAAAUCGUUUCUAGAUCAGAACAACAAGCCAAGGGAGAGGAUGAAAGGAGGGAAGAGUUGAGAAAGAUGGGCGAAAAGGCGACAAAGCUCAAGGGCGAUCUCGACGGGAUGCAAGAGCAGCGAAAAGAGCUGUGGAGGGAAGACGCCAAGCUUGGUCAAAAUGUGACACAGGCGAGGACUGAGAAGGAGGGGGCUGAAAGGGCGAUAUUCGGAAUGAUGGACAAGGACAUGAGCAAUGGUCUUCAAGCAGUCCAGAAAAUCAAAGACCGACUAGGCCUCGGCGGCGUUAUUGGCCCAUUGUACUCUCUCUUCGAAGUCUCCGACAAGUACAAAACUGCUGUUGAAGUUACUGCCGGUAACAGUCUGUUCCAUGUCGUCGUCGACAAUGACGAGACCGCCUCCAGAGUUCUUGAAGAGAUGAACAAGAUGGAGCAACGCUCGAAUAACGGGAAAAAGAUCAACAGCGGACGGGUUACAUUCAUGCCUUUAAACAGACUCAAAAGUCACACUGUCAACUACCCCAAGGCGAAUGACGCAAUCCCCAUGAUCCAGAAGCUGAGGUUUGACAAGAAUAAUGUGAUGGCUUUCGAGCAGGUGUUCGGCCGCACCAUCAUCUGUGAGGAUCUCCAAACCGCGGCUCACUACACGCGCUCCCACGGCCUCAACGCUGUCACUAUCGACGGUGACCGUGUCGACCGCAAAGGUGCCCUCACUGGUGGUUAUCACGAUGUCCGCCGCUCCCGUCUCGACGCCAUCAAAUCCCUCAAAAAAUGGCAGACCGCUUUUGAAACGGAUUCUGAACGCCACGCUGAAAUCAAGUCUGGCCUGCAAAAGUUGGAGCAAAACAUCUCCAGAACGCUGGGCGAGAUCCAGGUCAUUGAAGCGAAGAGGAAACAGACCUUGGAUGGGCGAGGGUUGUUGAGUAACAAGGUGGCUUGGACGGCGAGGGAAGAAGAGGGGACGAGGAGCCGAGUUGCUAAGCUGGAGAGCAGCCUGGAAGAGGCUGAAGGGGAGCUGAGAGACGCCAAGGCAAAGCGAGCGAGUUACGAAGAAGAGCUGAAAACGCCGAUGCGCCAGAACCUCACAGACGAAGAGCUGAGAGAGCUGGAAGAGCUCUCAGAGAAGGCAGAAAAGCAAAAGAAGACGUUACUCGAUGCCACGCAGGCGAGAACAAAGGUCGUUGGUGAGAGAAAGAGGCUCGAAAUCGAGCUUGCGGAGAAUCUGAGGAGGAAAAGGGAGGAAUUGAGGGGCAAACUGGAUCAACUUGAAGGAGAGGCUGGAAGUGGUGUACUGCAAGCUGGCGAAGUGGAACUGCGAAAGACUGAAUUGCGAAAUCUCCAGCGUCGCAUUGACGAGCUCAAAGAACAAAUCGAGGCCUCCACACAACGUGUUGAAGAGCUCUCCGCCGAGAUAUCCCAGCUCAACGAUGACCAUGAUCGCGUGCAGAACCAACAGCUCGAAAACACCCGGGCCAUUAUGCGCGUCCAGAAGAAUGCCGAGCGAUACCUCACGAAGCGAGGUACUCUACUGGGCAGGAAGGAGGAGUGCAACAAGGCAAUCCGGGACUUGGGAGUGUUGCCUGAGGAAGCGUUUACGAAAUACGUCGACCAAGUGUCUGAUAAGAUCGUCAAACGUCUCCACAAGAUCAACGAUGGUCUCAAAAAGUUUGCUCAUGUCAACAAGAAGGCUUUCGAACAGUACAGCAACUUUACCAGACAGCGAGACGACUUGCUCGAGCGUCGGACAGAGCUCGACGAAUCAGCCGAGAGAAUCACCGAGCUCAUCGAGACUCUUGACCAGAGGAAAGACGAAGCAAUUGAGCGGACGUUCAAACAGGUGUCAAAGUACUUUGAAGAGGUCUUUGAAACGCUUGUGCCAUUGGGAAAGGGUGUGUUGGUGAUGCAAAAGAGAAUGGAUGGACUUGUUGAGGAUGACUCUGAAGAGUCCCAAGAACAAUCUCGUGAAAAGAGUGACAUUGACAACUAUACUGGUGUCACGAUUCGUGUGUCCUUCAACUCGAAAGACGACGAAGGUCAACGUAUCCAGCAACUUUCGGGUGGCCAAAAGUCGUUGGUUGCUUUGGCUUUGGUCUUUGCUAUCCAAAAGUGUGAUCCCGCGCCCUUCUACUUGUUUGACGAGAUUGACGCAAACUUGGAUGCCCAAUACCGUACUGCGGUUGCUAGCAUGAUCCAUACGCUUUCAGAGCACGCUCAAUUUAUCACAACCACUUUCAAAUCCGAGAUGCUGGCUCAAGCCGACAAAUUCUACGGUGUCUUUUUCGACAAGCAGAAAGUCAGUUCGAUCAAGGUCAUCGAAAAGGAAGAGGCGAGUGACUUUGUCGAGACGGCUGCACAGGUAGGACAGCUGUAA